AGCGCGCAUGCAGGCAGAAGGAUCAGCACGUCACGAAUCUGCAGAGAUGCUGAAGGACCCGCGAUAGGGACAUUUACAAAAACACGGCGCAGUUGUGCAUAUGUCAGAGCAAAUGACACCUCAUUUCGUUCUCAUGGAGGAACAUUCCGCGUAUUUACACCAUUUGACGUCUUCGACAUGAUUUUAAAGCGUAUUUUAUGAGAAUUAUAAACCACACCCGGCGCUGUGAGGAUCGGGAUUGAGUGGGCACCACCGGGCUCCAAUGCCAGACCGAGGCCACUGCCACUGGUGUUAGGGGACGAGCACGAGUCAGACCACAGACAGGAUGAGCGCAGGGCAGGAGCAGACAGACAUCCUGACCACGGGCAUUCUGGUGAAGGAACGAUGGAAAGUAGUGAAAAAAAUCGGCGGUGGCGGCUUUGGCGAGAUCUACGAGGCUCUGGACCUGAUGAACCGCACCAGCGUGGCUCUGAAAGCAGAGUCCGCUCAACAACCCAAGCAGGUUCUGAAGAUGGAGGUAGCGGUCUUGAAGAAACUUCAAGGAAAGGAUCACGUUUGUCGGUUUGUUGGAUGUGGCCGCAAUGAUCGCUUUAACUAUGUUGUCAUGGAACUUCAGGGCCGUAAUUUAGCGGAUCUGAGGAGGAGCAUGAACCGUGGUACUUUCACAGUCAGUACUACACUCAGACUGUGUCUGCAGAUGCUGGAGGCCAUCGAGAGCAUCCACUCAGUGGGCUUUUUACACCGUGACAUUAAACCGUCCAACUUUGCCAUGGGCCGAUUCCCUAGCACAUGUCGAACAUGCUACAUGUUAGACUUUGGUUUGGCGCGGCAGUUUACAAACUCCUGUCAAGAAGUCAGACCGCCGCGUCCUGUUGCAGGGUUUAGGGGUACAGUACGAUACGCCUCAGUCAAUGCCCACAAGAACAAGGAGAUGGGAAGACAUGAUGACUUGUGGUCUUUGUUCUACAUGCUGGUGGAAUUCUUGGUCGGGCAACUACCCUGGAGGAAGAUAAAAGACAAGGAGCAAGUGGGGAAGUUAAAAGAUACAUACGAUCAUCGGCUGAUGUUGAAACACCUGCCGCCAGACUUCAGUGUCUUUCUGGACCACAUCAGUAAUCUGGACUACUUUACCAAACCUGACUAUCAGCUUCUGAGGACCGUUUUUGAGAAUAGUAUGAGAACCUACAACGUAGUGGAAAAUGACCCUUAUGAUUGGGAAAGGAUGAGCUCCGAUAGCCCACUGACAAUCACCGCUGCGGCAAACACGCCACAGCAUCACACACGCCUCACGCCUGCUCAGAUGGGCGUUUUGAAUGCCUCCUUGAUGCCUGGAGAUCAGAAGGAGAACACAGAUGAAGUUCUGCAGGAUGAGCAGCUCAGUGAUGGGGACAAUGCUCGGCCCGAGAAUCUGCCUGGAUCUCCGAGCCUUCCUCUCAGGAACCAGGAGACUGAUGUCUGGGAGGACCUGGACCGCAAUCGGAACCGAAUCUGUCCUGCUGUCUGGAAGAUGGGAGCAGAGGAUGAACAUAGCAACCAAGGCAAUCAGAGUCCCCAUGCAGGGCUUAGCAUUGGUUCACCAGUGCGAGUCCGGUCAGAGUUGGUGCCCUCAGAUAGAGACACUCCUCUUCUGAGGAAAUUGCGAAACAUUCAUAGUUUUGAGCUGGAGAAGAGACUAACUUUGGAGCCCAAACCCAACACUGAGCGUUUUGUGGAGGCCUGUUCUGGUAAGCAGCCACCUGGUACAGCACGGGAAGGGGAAGCUGAUGGUGUCCCUGGCAUGGCCAUAUCCAACGUAAGUCACACAGAGCGUGUUUGGCACCAUGACGAGGAUUUCCGCUCUGGCGGUGGCUCACCCAAGCCUGCUUCACCUGGAUCUCCUGAGCAGGGCGACGGUGCAGCUAACAGUGGCUUUGUUGCUCUAAACCUGAGCUCAGGUCUACAAGAUGUUGAGUUGCGUGAUUGGGUGAUGGUAGAGAAGGGCUCUGACCUGCAGGACUUCAAAGAGGCAGCAGGAAGUAACCCUGGUCAUAAAGCCAAACUCACUAGUAGCCCAUCAGAUGAGUGUGAAGAGGAGCCAGAGCUUUUGCAGCCAAUGGAUGAAUCACCGGAUAAAGAAUCCACUCCUAGUCCCGUACAAGGAGACGCCCACACGCCUCACACAGUCCAGGGCCCACAAAGGAUGGACCGGUUGGAGCUCUGUGUAUUCCCUGCUGCAUGUGGACCUCCUGUUACCCCCACCAGCCCUGGUGAGGCACUGGCUGAAGGAGCGCUCACACAGCUGCCCACCUCUCCUGCAUCCCAACCUGAGGAGCUCGUGGCGAGGACGUGCAGCCCCCUGCAACUGCGCUCCCCUAGCCCGCACACCCUCCUGACCACCCUGUCGGACCCCCUACACCAGCGCGCCCUGCCCGGGUUGCGCCGCAGCCAAUCUGCAGACCACCAACACCACCCUUCCUCUUCCACCUCCUCGUGCCACGCCUCGCUGCCACUACCUUCCCAGCUCCGUGCCGCCCAUUCGCCUGGACGCAGGAAACUUCCUGCCAUUCCAGCGAGUGCCGCAAACAACAAGUUCCCCUCAGUCAUACGAAUCACCCGCGCUCAGCUACAGCAGCUAACAGCUCAGCGACCUUCUGUGCUGUCCUCCCAAUCUGCAUCUGAAAGUGUUCCAUUGGAGAGACGUGAUACUGAUAAUGGUAACAAUGAGAUCCAUGCUCAAGACAACACAACUGACAUCAACUCCCCACAGGAGCCGGCAGCUUUCCAGCCCACCAGCCCCUCUAAGGUCGAGGUGGAUCCUUUGCUAAAUGGGAAUGGUCCUCAGAAACCUUCAAGCCCAGUGCCAAGCCUGAUGCCGUCUCCACGCACACCUUCCUCUCUGCAUAGCCCAGUUCUGAUGAAAAGCUGUCUUACACCUCCUUUAGACACACAGAUAGACAGCAACAAGUGUCUAAAACUAAAAGACCCCAAGAGUGAUUCGUUCAUUAUUGAGCACUCCUUAGAGCCCAACCAGUGGUCUCUGGAGGAGGGAAAGGAAGGUGGUCCUACCAGAAACGGCCCCUCUUCUCCAGCCUCCAGGCACAGCCGUAUCCCAGUAUUAGAACCAUCUAGCCUUGUGGAUCCACCACCUGGAUCUGCUAAAGAGAAGUUGCUCCAGAGGAGGGUUCACCACAUUCCACUUUCACCCUCCGCUUCCCCGACGUUAUCCUCCGACAGGCGUGUCAUCAUGGCUGCCAUGCAGCGGGACCAGGUUUCUUCUGCCUCUUCUGAACGCUCUCAAGAUGACGAGUCGCUUCUGGGUUCUCGUUCCGAUCGUAAUGGAGAUGAUGCUCCAUCACUGUCCUCUUCCUCCAGUCCACUUUUACGGAAGAGCAAGAUACCACGGCCAGUUACCCCUACUACUAGUGCGGAAACCAUCACGGCACACUUCAUGCCCCGUCCACCACCAGGAAAACCUCCUAGCCGCUCCACUGUGGAUUCAAGGCACCGGCGGUACAGGAUUCCUGCCGGCAGCAGCAGUGACUCAGACCUGCUGACCUGUCUGGCCCAGCUAAUGCAUGCCAGCUCGCCCCGUGGCUCUCCGCACCACAGCUGCUCAUCCCCCCAGCACGUGGACAAGAGGCAUGUGUACGUCAGUCCCAUCUCUGCUCACCACCUCCACCAGCGCAGCUCUAGCGCCUCCCCCCGCAGUUCCUCCUCACUGCAACGCUCCAUCAGCUCUUCCCCGUCCCGCCACGAGCAUCGCGGGGGCUGUCUGACCCGCAGCCGCUCUCCUCCCAGUUUCUCUGGCUCGCCUCCUCUGCGCCGCUCUCAUCCUCACACACAGGAAGGAUGCUGCGGGAGACAGGCUCGCUCCGCCGCCAUUCACACCCAGCGGGGCAAAGCCGGCAUCCGCGAGCUCAGGUGCUCAAGCAAGCUGAGCAGAUAGUCAACCACAGGGUUUAGACACUGGCAGAAGUGGGACAUUUGGGUUUCAAAUGUCCUAAUUUCCGUAUAGCUAAAAACAUUUGAUUCUUAUUCCGCCACGCAUCUGGAUUUUUGCAACUUUGUUUUCUCUCCAUCAAUAGCCUCAAUUUUAAGAUCCUGCUUUGAACACUAAAGUUAGUUUCAGAACAUGGGAGGUUAUACAUGAUGGUGAUUGGCUGGAUCUUUUGUAUUUUAUAGUUUCUUUUCUUUCAAACAUUCCAGAGCAUUAAUGAAGAUGAUUGUAUGUAUCCAUGAAUUACAUAAGGUUUGCAUCAAGCUCA